AAGGAAAGUUAAAACCCCUGAAAAAAAUCGUUCUUUGAAGCAGCAUUUCGAUCAAUUUCAGCUCACUGAUUACUGUAACCACUAAUUUGCAUGUGCUCUGUUUCUUCUUCUUGUUGAUUAGAACAGAGUUUUAAGGAAUUUUUUUGUCGAAGAAGACUUCAUAUUGAAUGACCAAAAUACCCCUUGGCUUAUGGAUUUGAUAGAGCAGACAAAAGGUCAAGAACGCGAUAAGAUCAAUAUCAAGAAUUCUGAGAAAAAAAGUAUGAAACCGAAGAAAUUAAAUGCACAUUAUUAUAAAAAGUUGUUCCAAAUUUGUGGACCAAAAGUUAAGGGGUCGAAUGAUGCUAAAGACACGGUUGCGGAGGAAUCUAAAUCUUGUUCGGUUUCUAGACAUAAAAAACGGAGAUUAUGUUCUGGACAAGUAUUCGGAGAGAGUGUUCAACAGUCUGGCGCAAAAGACGAGAUCGAAUCUAGUGUGUAUUCUGUUUCAACCGAAACGCAUAAUCACGUUCUUCCUUAUGUUAACAAGCUUUGUGAUUAUCGGAACAGAGGUCAAAACACUGUUUUCUUUGACGGGCAGGACUGGCUAGCUAAGGUGGUCUCUUUUGUAUCAUCAUUGCUGGAUGACAUAAAGAAGCCUAUUCUAAUAAUUGCUUCCUCCAGUGCUGUUUCUUUGUGGGAAAUCGAGUUUUCAAAGUGGUCAAAGUCGGUCAAAGUCGUAACAUACAAAGGGACCAAAGAUAUCCAGUCUGCCAUUAAAGAUUUAGACUGUCAAGUCCUUUUAUCUUCUCCGGAUGCCAUUUUUGAGGAUAUGGACAUGUUUAUUCAUAUUAAGUGGGAAUUGUUAGUGCUAGACGAGUGCCAACGCGCGGUAUUUUCAACACAUUUUACGAAAUUUCAGAUGCUUAUGGCUGAUAUGAAGCUGUUAACGGUUACUGGUGAAUCAGUGGAUACUCUGCAGAGUUACCGUAAUAUUCUUUCACUGGUUGAUUGCAAAAACGAAAAGAUACAUAUUGAUGCUGAUAUGAAAACGAACGAUGAUAUUAACACAUUGAAAGAAAAACUCUCGCCAUUUAUUGCAUUCGAGUGCAUGUUCAGCACACCUGAAUUUGACGAGUAUUGGGUUCCGGUUCAUCUUUCUUCAACGCAAAUCGAACAAUAUUGUUCAAUUCUAGUUUCAAAUUUGGACGCACUCACUUCAUCAUCAAGAAAAUCUCCACUCCAUAACGUUAUCACGCAGAUCCAAAAGUGUUGUGAUCACCCGUAUCUUGCGGACCCUACUUUGCGUAAUUCUUCGAAACCUUCUUCGGUUGAUGAUCCGUUGGCUGCUGAAAUCAAUAUCAGCGGCAAACUGCAAGUUCUCGACAAGCUGCUACUAGAGAUUAAACGAUGUGGGUUAAGAACACUUGUUCUGUUUCAGUCGGCGAUUAAUUCGGAAAAGAUAUCAACCGGACAUUUUUUGGAUGACCUUGUUCAUCAAAGAUUCGGCGAGAAUUCGUACGUAUACAUUUCCGGAAAGAUUCUUUCGAAUUCUUCGCCCGCAAAGAAAAAAGAAUUAUUAGAAACGUUCAACAAUGUGGAUAGUGAAAGUUUCAUUUGCUUAUUUGAUUACCAGGCUUGUCAUUCAAGCAUUAGACUUUUGCGUGUGGAUGUCGUGAUAUUAUUCAACAGUGAUCCGAACCCGUUAAAUGACGUAAAAGCCCUUAAGCGGAUCACCAUCGAUUCACAUCGUGAGCGGUUAAACGUUUUCCGGUUAUAUUCAGCAUUCACUGUUGAAGAGAAAGCGCUUAUUCUUUCAAAGCAAGGUACAACUGUCGACAGUUAUAAUAGUUGGAGUGUCUGCCACCAGUUGUUAGGAUGGGGUGCGCCGUACUUAUUCGGUAAGCUCGAAAGCAGCACCGACUCCGGAACUGAAUCGUUUAUAAACGAUUUGGUUCACGAGUUGUCAUCCCUGUUGACGAACACGAGUGUCGAAACGGGUCCCGCAAACCGUUCAAUCGUAUCAAACGCUCAGAUGCAAAACGGAGGUUAUUCUGGAAGUAUCGUGUUAUUCGGUGAAACUGAAACCCGCCCGAUUGAAAGUUGUUCUGUUGAGUUCUUGAGUGAUAGCUCACCUUCUGAUUUUUGGAGUGAUUUGGUCAAACAAAGUCAACAUAGACUGAAAAGCCCUUGUAGCAGGUUGUCUCGGAGAGUUCAAAAGCCAACGCAAAAACGACUUGAAGGUGAAAAUCAAGAUCAAAACGAUGCAACUAAUUCGUCUUCUGUAAAAUCAAAUGUUAAAAGUAAGAGAAAAGCGCUUGAUAAAGUCGGAAGAAAAUGUGCACGGUUACCAAUACCACCUUCGACAAGUAUUUCCGAUUCGGUUGCUUUAAAUCCUACAACAAGUGAAGCGGGUCCCGACGAUCAACUACGGCCACGUUAUUCUAGUUCUCCGCCUCUUGAAACGGAAACCGAAAGAAUUCGAAAGGAGCGAGAACAAAUCACCAAGUCAUAUCAAGAAAAGAAAUCGAUGCUUCUUGUUGAAUGCGAAAAGGAGAUUUUAGAGGUACAAAAGAAGUACGAUGCGUUAAUCCAUGACUCAGAGACGAGUUUAACAACGGAAAUUAAGAUUCUUGACGACUAUCAGAAGCUUGUUGACGCUAAUAAACUUUUGGCUGAGAUUUUGGCACGAAACUGGCGGGACAAACUUAAUCUGAAGAGUCCAGAGCACAAUCUGAAGAGAGCACAUAAAGACACUAGCGCUGUUAAUGUUUUGCAAAUCCCUGCAUCUGCACUGGUACGACCAACGGACCCGUGUUUGACCAGGGGUCCCACCAGGUUAGCCGGGUCAGGACUACGUUUUCCAGCCCCUCAUCUAAGGUCAAGCCCAUCAAUGUUUGCGACAUCAAUCCACAACCGGCCCGCCACUGGUGAACCGUCUCUUGAGCCGUUGGCCAUGCCAUCAACUACCCAAACAGUUGACGAACAUUGCGCUGUAUAGAAACAAAGUCAAACAGUUGACUUUGUCAAGUAUAUAGAGAUCUAGUCAUCAUGGUCUUUUUGAUAGUGUGUUUGGUUUGAUAUAAAUAUGAUGAUAGUUGCUAGGAUCAAAAUGUGAAGAAUUGAAGAUAGUGUUCAUAUAUGCAUAACCUUUCUUUUGAAAAUAUUAUUGUUAGGUUCACCCAAUGUAUAUGUUAUAAAUAUGUUUUGCUUACAAACAUUUGGUGUUUUAGAGAUAGUCAACCCUUAUGCUUAUAAACCACACAUUAUGAUUAU